AUGGAUAAGUCACAUGCCACCUAUCUCUCUCCACAAGAUCUCUUGAAAAGUUAUCAACCCGCUGAAGUACCUUUCUCCGUACCAUCAGAAGAGGAGAUUGGCGAGCGGGAAAACGAUGUAUUGCUCAUUCCGAUCGAUGUCCCAGAUUUAUCUGGAGAAAUGUAUUCCGCGCCUGUGGAAUUAGAGGGGGAGGAAAUAAUUGGACCGGAAGAAGAAAUCUCAAUCAUCCCAAUCAACAUCCCAGAAGCAUCAUCAAUAUCCUACUCCGCACCCCCAGAAGAAACCCCAACCGAGGAGCCAAACCCACCCCACAAAAUCCGACUCAACGCGCCCGCCUCCUCACCCAAAUCCCACACUCCCUACUCCAUCCGCUACGAACUCCCCUCCCCCCGCUCCACAAUCAUCACCCAGAAAGACAUCGGAUUCCUCUCCGACGCCGGAGUCCGCGGUUCCGUAUCCACCGUCUGCCACGGGACAUUCCACUCCCAACCCGCUACCCUCAUCCUCUUCACAUUCAUCUUCCGCUCAGGCGACCAUGGAUUCCGUUUCAAAAACGCAAGUGUAAAGAUGAAUUUCUCCUCUUACUCUCCCCCCUCCUCCUCUCCCCCCAAACAACCCACCCAGACCCCCUCCAUCUGCGCUCUCGCCCCCCGCAAAAUCUACGGCCUCCCCAGCACCACCCACCAAACGCGCAAACUCACAGGGGAAAUCUCCCUCCAGGUUCCUCUUGGCGCUACAACUCUCGGUCCCUCCACCUCCUUGUCACACGAAUCCUCUUUCGCGCUCACGCAUCGCUACGCGCUCGUGGGAAAUCUCUGGUCGCGUCCCCGCUCUUCCACCUGGGAUGCAGCGUACUGGGAUGUGCGCGAGAAUAAGCUGACGAAGGGCGGGAUUCCGGAUCGGGUGGAUGUGGGGGUGGUGGUUUGUAGAGAGGGAGGGGGGUUGAUGGGGGAGGUGAGGGUGGAGGUUGAUACGCCGGUGAUGAGGGGCGUGUGGGGGUGGCCGUGGGGAAGGGGGAGUCCGGUGGUUUUUGUGGAGGGGGUGGAGACCGGGGGGGAGAGGGUGCGCACGAGGAGGUUUGAGGAGUUGGGGGCGGGGGAUUGGAGGGGCUUGGUGGGGUGGGAGGGGGAGUGGGUGGAUGUUGUUGUAGGGGGGGAGAGAGAGGGGGAGAGAGAGGGGGAGAGUAGAAAGGGGGAGGAGAAGGUUUGA